AUGGCCGCAAUUAACCUCCCCAUCAUCGACGUCUCGAAUCCCCACGACCCCUCCGUGGGAAAGGCCAUGCUCGAUGCAGCAGCCAAAUACGGCUUUUUGUAUGUGGCCAGCCAAAGCACUGAUUUUAGUGCCGAGGACGUGGAAAGGGCAUUUGGAUUGUCGAAAGAGUUCUUUGCAUCUCCGGUUGAUGAGAAGGCUGCCUGUCGGAUUACGCCCAACAAUCGAGGAUGGUCCGGAAUGCAUGUCGAGACACUCGAUCCUGAGCAUCAACGGACCGGUGAUUUCAAAGAAGGCAUGAACUUUGGCGAAUUCACCGGCGGCAAAGCCCAACAACUCCUUCCCCCUUCGUUAUCCCCCCACGAAGCCACCCUCUCCAACUUCUCCAUCCUCUGCCGCAAAACCUGUGAUCGAAUCCUAACUCUCCUAGCCCUGGGCCUCCAGGUCCACCCUGACUUCUUCACAACCCGCCACGACCCCAUCCACGGCCCCUCAGGCAGCAUCCUCCGCUUCCUGUACUACCCCUCCCUCACAUCCCCGGCAACAGCAUCCUACAAGCACGACGAGGAUGUGCGUGCGGGUGCGCACUCAGAUUAUGGCAGUAUUACACUGCUGUUCCAGCGGCCGGGACAGCCGGGGUUGGAGAUACUCACGCCGGAGGGGGAGUGGGCAGGUGUUCCUGUUGAGCCUAAUCAAUCGUCCCAGGGUCAAGAGCAGGGGCAGGGUAAAGAUGGGAGAUUCGCGUUCCCGCCCAUCCUGGUGAAUAUCGGGGACUUGCUUAGUUAUUGGACAGACGGGUUGCUGAAGUCGACUGUCCACCGGGUCGUUUUCCCCCUGUCAGAGCAGCGGGCUGAGAAUCUGCAGGAUCGGUAUAGUAUCGUUUACUUUUGCCACCCAGUUAACACGACGGAACUCGUCCCCGUACCGAGUAAGAUUGUCGACUCUCAUCGCAAGGAGCGCAAGGAGAGUCAAGGUGACAAGGUUGGGUUCGGGGGAGGAGCGGGUUACUUGGUCCCUGGGAAACGGGCGUUGACGGCGAGCGAGCAUUUGCAGGCGCGGUUAGCCGCGACGUAUACUUAUUAG